CUUGUCACCAGCGGUAUAUGCACAGCGGAACCAACCGAUGACGGACCACACUUGGCUAGGAGCUUGGCCGGACAAGAUGGUUUAGACCAAAGUAAGUGACCUUCAUUGGUUAAUUUCGUAGGUCCGCCAAUGCCCGAUCAUGGUCAGCAGAUUCGUUUGCUUCACUGUUUCGGUCACCAUCCGCUAUUCGGUUGACGAUGGUCCAUUUGGAAUUACCACAUGCUGGCUGGAGGGAUGCCCCCAUUUUCUUUAAAUACGUCGAGUUGCCUGAUUCCGAUUCUCGCUUGGCUUUCAUUUGGAUACUUCUCGGCCCCCAAAUUUUAGUGCUUCAACUCUGCAUCACUCGGCCCGUAUUCGAGGAUACUAGCAAAUCGAGACGUUCGAGAGUUUCAACGCUAAAUGUGGCCCCUAAUAGUGCCUCUGCUCAGCACAUUUCCAGCAGCAACCGGACUCGUAGCCAAAGAUGGUGAGACUGGACGUCUGCCAGCUCUUGGUUGGAAUUCAUGGAAUGCUUUCUUCUGCGACAUCAACGAGAAGAAGUUCCUGGACGCAGCAGAACAGCUCGUCAACCUGGGUUUGAAGGAGGCUGGUUACAAUUAUGUCAAUAUUGACGAUUGUUGGUCCAUCAAGUCCCACCGUGACAACAAUACCGAUCGAAUGAUCCCUGACCCGGAACGCUUCCCAGAGGGCAUUGCUGGGACUGCCAAAAAGAUUCAUGACAUGGGUCUGAAGAUUGGUAUCUACAGUAGUGCUGGUACCCAUACAUGUGCAGGCUACCCAGCGAGCCUGAAUUACGAAAAAGUCGACGCCGAUACAUUCGCAGAGUGGGAAAUUGAUUACUUGAAGUAUGACAACUGUAACGUGCCGGGAGACUGGGCGGAUGAGUGCAACUUUUGCAUACCAGAUUCAACCACUCCCCCACAUGGGCCAUACCCGAAUGGUACCUGUCCAACCCUCCAAAACGAAUGCCCUGCUGGCUAUGAUUGGAGCAAAUCCAAAUCUGCCGAACGUUACCGUCGCAUGCGCGAUGCCCUCGAAGCCACCGACCGCACCAUCCUGUACAGCCUCUGCCAAUGGGGAACAGCGGGCGUGCAAAAAUGGGGCAACGAGACCUCCAUGAGUUGGCGAGCCACUGGUGACAUCACGUGGCCUGGGCUUGUAGCAAAAUGGAGCCGCAUUAUCGAGCUCCUGAACCUCUGCUCCUUCAACCUCGACACCACCGAUUUCUGGGGCCACUCGGACGCAGAUAUGUUGGAGGUCGGCAAUGGCGACCUCACGCCCGCGGAGACGCGCUCGCAUUUCGCACUGUGGGCCGCGAUGAAGUCGCCCCUGCUCAUCGGCACCGACCUCAAGAAGAUCUCCUCGGGGAAUGUCGAGAUCUUGAAGAACAAAUACCUCCUUGCGUUCAAUCAGGACCCAGUCAUCGGGAAGCCGGCGACCCCGUACAAGUGGGGGACGAACCCGGAUCACACGUUCAAUGCGACGUGGCCGGCGGAGUAUUGGUCCGGAGAGUCCAAUGACGGGAUUUUGGUCCUCAUGUCGAAUUGGGGAGAGAGCGCGGCCAAGCGGUCCGCUGUCUGGAGCGAGGUGCCUAGGUUGGAGAAGGACGCGAGCUACAAGCUAACUGAUGUGUGGACUGGGAACGACCUUGGUUGCCAUUUCGGUGACUAUAGCGUCGAGGUCGGACCGCAUGAUACGGCGGCAUUUUUGAUUAGUGGGAAAUGUACUCGGAGGGGGAUGUUAGGACAGCGGACGGCGUGGAGAGAUUGGACUGCGUAGUGUGUCUGCGGAUGGUCCCAUGAAUUGCUAGGUCAAUAAUAACAUCCUUUCUAACUAAGUUAGUAGCCAAACUCGGGCCCUAGGACCCGACUCUUGCUCAGGUCAUUGGCAAUAGCAUCCUCUAUAUUUUCAUAACAUGGC